CUCGGAAAACUAACGGUUCUUCCCGCGGAGAUACUUCGUAUCAUUCUCGAACAACUUUCCAUUCCCCAACUGAUGCAAUUCCGACACUGCAAUCGAUUCUCAUGUCAUCUCGUUGACACGCACCCAUUGCUUCGGUUCGCGCUGAGGAUCGCCCCGAAUACAGUGAGGGGAAUGAUGGCUAUAAGGCUCACGGCUCAAACAACAUUGCAGCAACUACAUCACAAAUUAUACCAAAGAUAUUGUGAUCAAUGCGGACAGCUAGCGCCAUACAUUUACCUUCCAACUUGCUUACGAGCCUGCUUCACUUGCGUUCGUCCAGGUGGAACCAAUAUGUUUUGGUACCCUGUCCCUGAAGUAGAGGCGAUCGUUGGGAUGGGAUUCAGCAUUCAAGAGCUUGCCACAGUCCCAAGCUUUCUGUUUUUGCCCGCAACCUUCACAAAC